AAAAUCUAUUGUCAUAGGCGUGAAGGCGUCAGUUGCCGACUACAAAUCUGUCACUUCGUAGAAGAAAUUGUAUUUAUUUCAAUAUUCCUCCUCUUCGAAUGAAUGAUCACCCGUGUGCACAACACACCAUCUUGGGUUAGGGUCUGGAUUGUCAACCACAACAUAAUGAGUGUGCCAAAUCAAAUUGGAGAAGACAGCUCAUCACAACCACAGAAGCCUUCCGGAUUAAAUGAACUGAAAAUUUGUGGGUGGAAAGUGACCUCUUGUGAGAGUCAUAUUCUGAAGUCUAAAUGUGAUCAUGAAGUGGAAUGUGUUGACGGCAGUAAUUUGUGCUCAUUUUGCCUGUACAAUCAGCAGCUCGAUCUUCAUCAUAUUCCUGACAUGGUUUUUCCGGACAACAAAUUGAGUCUUCUGCAUGAGCCAUCUGGUUUUGGAAUUGAGUUUACUGCUCUGAGUGCCUUGCAGAUGGUUGACAGUGGUAAAAGAGAUGUUAAAAUUGCAUGUGCUGAAGAAUGGAAAGCGUCACGAUCCGAUCAGCCCCAUAUUGAUCAUGAGGCAAAGCCAUUUGACUGGACGUUUACAACUGACUAUAAGGGAACAUUAUUUGGAGGACUUGAAGCAGAAUCAUCCCACCUCCAUAUAGAUAUGGAAAAGUUAAAAAGGCGAGAGCAAAUAAUGUUCUAUUCUGAUGUCACUCUGUUUGAAGAUGAGUUGCAUGACAAUGGAACUGCUAUCUGCUCAGUUAAAAUUAGAGUCAUGCCAACUGGAUUCUUCAUACUUUUAAGAUUUUUUCUCAGGGUUGAUAAUGUUCUUGUACGUAUAAAUGAUACUAGACUCUAUCAUGAGUUUGGAACUGCACAUAUCAUAAGAGAGUUUACUGGUCGAGAAAGCAAAAUAGAAGAUCUUAGGGUGCCAACAGCUUUACUGACCGAUCCCAAUGAAAUCAACUCUCUAUUACCUAUAAAAUCAUCAACAUUUGAAUUACUGAAACUUCCCUCAGCUUCUAGUAAACCAUCACCAGAGGUCACCACCAUAGUUCCUAAUCCAGGAUCAUAAGGAAAGUAAAAGAAAUAUGCUUUUUAGAACUGUAUAAAGUGUUUUUUUUUUACCGGAUCUAAAGUUUUAUCAUCUUUAUUGUUAAAAUUUUACAAAAACAAGAUUUUGAAAUCUUGUGAAAAUUGUCAAAUAGUACUAAAAUCAAAUGAAAUACAGAAAUAUGAGCAAAUCUA